AUGGAAGAAGUUACAGAAGCCACCGAGUCGAACAAACAGAAAAAAGCAGCACUUGGCAAACAAGCUCCCACCGCGAUGGAGACGGAGGCAGUCAUCACGAAUGACUUGACAAAGGAUACAGCCGUCGGUGAAUUAGAGCCGAUGGAGAUUGAUGGUGGGACUGUCCAAGUUGACAAACCAGCGCUAAACAUCGAGCGGUUGCCCAUCGACAAUCUCAUUCCUGACGACGAUCCAUUAUCCACUGUUGCGUCCGCCGCGGGAGGAGAGCCAACUAAUAUUCUAAGUAGGAGGAAUCGCCUGCCCACAGUGGUUACGGAGGAUGCGCAAGAAAAAGAGUACGGUUGUGACGUGGGAUGGCUCGAUAAAAUCUUAGGAUAA